CUGCUUCUUCAUUGGGAACGACCGGGUCACGGCGCCUUCCCUCGGCUACGACUACUACGUGACCUCGUUGAAUCAGCACACGGCCACGGUGAGGCAAUCCUCGUCGGACGCUGUGUGGAGACGCGUCGAGAUGGCGUAUGGCACGAUGGGAUUGUACUUUAACGCGGACGGGACAUGCCGCGACGCGUACUGGCAAGGCGGAGACCUCAAGGUUCACCAGUGGGUAUGCGAGUUUGGCAACGCGAACCAGUGGUGGCGCUAUGCCAUGCACAACGACAUCCAGUUGUUCGAGCAUGGCACGCACGUCGGGUGGUGCCUCCAAACGAAUGGCUAUGGAUACAACGUCGAGAUGGUGCGCUGCAACUGGGACAUUGUCGAGCAGCAGCGCCGAUUGUACUGGUAAACAAGCGCUAUCCAUUGCCGAGAUGGACGUCUGCGCUCCCAUCUUGCUCGACCAAGGAAGGUGGCAUCGUCCCCCCGCUCACGCUUUUCCAUGCCGUGUGAACGUCAGAACGAUUCAGAAACAGCGGCGGCAGGCAGUGUGCAUGUUGUCCUGCAUAGCUCUCGCCACAGCCUCUGAGCCGACGAUGACAGGCUUGGUUCACCCGCGGCACACCCUUUCAGUUGUGUUGCCAACGAUUCAUUCGGCUCGUGACCUUUGAUACGAACCACGACUUUGCAGAACGGUUCGUUGAAUUGUGGCUGCUGUCGUCUCGAUUCUUGUUGCGCCAUGAUCCCCAUGUGCCCAUGACGCUGUCACACCAAGAAGUUGAACGAGGUCGGGGACAGAGGGGUUGGUCCGUCCUGACUGGUCGGCGUGUCGAUACUGCG